UCCCGUUUGUAUUCCACCCUUCUGCGUUAUAACCUGUUCGUACCUAAAUUAGUCAGUACAAAAAAAUAUCUAAAAAUAAACACCCAAUCUUGCUAAAAUGCUUGGUACUUUUGGUGAAAAUUGCCGCUUUAUUAACGACAACAUAUACGAAUGGUAAUUGACCACGUCAGAGUGCUGUUCAUCUAUCUGGGCAAAAAUUGUACAACACCUGGCACUGUCCACCUUUAACGACAAACCACAGGAGGCGCCUUUUUUGAUGACGACAUACUGAGCAAAAACGGUGAAAGUUUCAAGACGAAUAGUUCUAACCCGGAAGAAUAGAAGACACUCGACAAAAUGCAAAUUCCAUACAUGAAGGUGGCGAUCUAUUCGCUUACCUUCCUAACGUACGCGUACACCGGUUACGGUUCGAACAUGAUAGCGAAUCUGCGCGAUGCCAUUAUAGCGGCGGAAGCUGUCUUUGGGGAUGUGAUGAAAAACGUGUUGCAUGUGGCAAAGAAGUUCAAAGUCGUCCACGAAGUGUUCGAUGCAGCGGUAGAGGAGAACUGUGUGUACAAAUGUCCUGGCGAUAUUACACCCACACGCAAUAAGUUUUACAUACCGCAGUCGGACGGAUGUGGAUCGCUGGGAAUGAAAAUUAGUACCGAGUAUCUACCAGCGGUCGAGAUGGAACAAUGCUGCAAUGCACACGAUGUCUGUUACGAUACGUGCAACAGCGACAAGGAACUGUGCGAUCUGGACUUUAAACGGUGCCUGUACCGGUACUGUGAUGACUACGAAAAGAAUGUAGUGGGUGAUAUUGUUGUGAAAGGUUGUAAGGCGGCCGCUAAAAUGCUCUUCACUGGUACGCUUACCUUGGGCUGCAAAUCUUACCUGGAUUCACAGCAGCGAUGCUGCUAUUGUCCACCGGAGAAAACAGAAGGAUCCAAACCAGCUGAGGGAAAGUAUGCCGAAUCGAAAGGGUCGAAGGAUUACGGCAAGGAACGGGACAAAGGCAAAGAGAAGAACAAAUACGGCUGGAAGGAGCUGUAAACCAGAGUUGGACGACAGCAAUGAUCGGAGGGUAAAUCAAUCUCAGCACAUAAAAUGUAUGUGUUGCUUGAGUCUACAGAACUGUGAUUAGUUUAGUUACCAUCCCGCGCGAAAUAAAAGACUCAUCAAACAAAUGUAGCGAGUAGCAUCGAAAACUCAACUGCAUUCAGGUGUUUAAAA